AAGCAAGGUCCUCCAAACGUGCAAGCUCAAAUCGAGUUUAGUGUAGCUGGCCAUGCUUCAGGGUUGUGGAUUAGGAAAGGGAGUGAUAGAAGGAAGUGGAGGAAGAUCAAGAGCUGGGGCGUUACGAUUUCUUCCGAGAUUACCCCGUAGUGUUGGUUAUUCUCCUUACAGGCAGGGAGCUCAGCUAUGGUGUGGUUCCCAGCUCAGAGUUUUAUCCAACCUGUAAGGGUCAUGUGCAGCUUUUCAGGCUGCAAGUUCUGUUUCUUUCGGAAAUUAUCCAUUCAGCCAGUUCAACAAAGGAAGAUUCCAAAUAGAUACCUCGGUCAACCUAGCCCUUUCACACACCCGCAUCUUCUUAAACCAGGAGAGGUAACACCAGGAUUAUCACAAGUGGAAUAUGCUCUCCGUAGACACAAACUGAUGGCUCAGAUACAGCAAGAGGUGCAAGGGACAGAUCACACAGUAAUUCUGCUUUCAAAUCCUACCUACUACAUGAGCAAUGAUAUUCCGUACACCUUUCACCAGGACACUAACUUCCUAUAUCUGUGCGGGUUCCAAGAACCUGAUACGAUCUUAGUGUUGCAAAGUGUGCCUGGCAGAUCUUUGCCAAAUCACAAAGCUUUACUAUUUGUUCCAAAACGGGAUCCAAGCCGAGAGCUGUGGGAUGGGCCACGAUCUGGCACUGAUGGAGCAAUGGCUCUCACUGGUGUGGAUGAAGCAUAUAUCAUGGAAGAGUUUAGACAUCUGGUAUCGAAAUUGAAAGAUGAAUCUAGCAUGGUUUGGUAUGAUUUUGCUAAACCUGUGCAUCCACAGCUCCAUUCUGAUUAUCUGCUGCAUCUGGCUGAGGUCAAAGCUAGAAGCAAUAACCGUAUUCGAACUGUCCGGCAUCUAGUGCAAAACUUACGGCUGAUCAAAUCUACCACAGAGAUUGAGAGGAUGAAAUUUGCUGCCAAAGUCACAUCACAGGCAUUCACAGAAACAAUGUUUACAAGUAAACCUCCAGUGGAUGAAGCAUUUCUGUAUGCUAAGUUUGAAUUUGAGUGCCGGGCUCGUGGUGCUGACAUUUUAGCUUAUCCACCUGUGGUUGCAGGUGGCAACAGAUCCAAUACCUUGCAUUAUGUGAAAAACAACCAACUUAUCAAGGAUGGAGAAAUGGUUUUAUUGGAUGGAGGAUGUGAAUACUCUUGUUAUGUGAGUGACAUUACCCGCACUUGGCCCAUCAAUGGCAGGUUCACUAGUCCCCAAGCAGAGCUGUACCAGGCUAUAUUGGAAGUCCAAAAGUCAUGCCUAAGACUUUGUUCUUCAGGUGUGAGCCUAGAAAACCUCUACAAUUUAAUGCUAACUCUCAUUGGACAGAAGCUGAAAGAGUUGGGAAUCCUAAAGGAAAGCACUAGUGAGAGCCAUGUCUUCAAGGCUGUUCAGAAAUACUGUCCACAUCAUGUAGGACAUUAUUUGGGAAUGGAUGUUCAUGAUACACCUGAUGUAUCCCGAUCAACCCUCCUCCAGCCAGGCAUGGUGAUCACCAUUGAGCCAGGUAUCUACAUACCUGAAGAUGAUACAAGUGCCCCUGAAAGAUUCCGUGGCAUUGGAAUACGCAUUGAAGAUGAUGUGGUGGUGACAGAGGAUGUACCAUUAAUCUUGUCUGCAGAUUGCCCAAAGGAGAUCUAUGAUAUUGAACAAGUCUGCAGCUGCAGCCUUUGAUUGUUCUUCACUACCUUUUAUACCUUGCUCAGUUUUAGAUUGGAAAAUACACACUCAUAUAUAACACAGUUCUUCAAAACUCAUUCAUAGAAAUGCUUAACUAGAUAGAAUCACUAAUAGAAAAAUAUUACUUGCAAGGAACUGUAUAUAAAUAUUUUGGAGAGCACAAUUACAGUAUUUAAAUGGGAAAAAUGUACAUUGUAAUUCAACAUGUAUUUUAAAGUUACGUUAAUACUAAAAGCAGAUGAAGAAACAGAA